CAUCAACAACCCUAUAAUCCCUGCAGUAGUACGAAUUGCUUAUCACGUUUUGAUCAUUCUCUAGACACCUUGCCUCGAGGCUACCCUUUAUUUUUUUUUACCACGAGGUUUUCAUGGCUUUUGUCACGGGUGGUGCUUCAGCCUACGAUCAAGGACCUGUAUCUCCCGAAUCGUGGAAGCGUGCCGUGUACCGCAGUGCUCCUCAGUAUUUCUACGUCGCAGUCCUCACUCCAGAAAAGCAAGGCGGUAGUUAUAGCUAUGGCCUCCGGAUUUGUCCCAUUAAGAACGACAACGCAUCCAUUUCCGCUCAUUCAACUUCCUCGAAGGGCUCACAUUUGGAGUAUGACAUCUGGCGAAAAUGGGAGGACUGUCUCUGGUUUCAAGACAGCCUUGAGGCCGAAUACGCUCUCAUGGCAAGACAGAAGAUAACACGUCUGGCUGCAGGCAAAGGAGUGAAAAAGGGCGGGAUGUAUAUCCAGAGCGACCAGGCAGCUUCUUUUGAUUCACUUCCCCCGGGUCCCGAUCCUCACUCCGUCGCCCGUGAUAUCCACCAGUACAUCCCGAAGCUGACGAAGAAGGGAACACUAUUCCGCGCGAGCCAAGCUACCGUUGACCAACGGUUUGUUGAGUUUCGUGCCAUGAUAGAUGCGUUUUUCAAAGAAGACCUCCCGAUGCUCUUGAAAGAGUUGAUGGCCACGCGAACCUUCACUGAUUUCUUCGGCUAUUGGAGACGUGAUCACGACCUCGCUAUCAAAACACAGAAAAAUCAGACCUCUCCCGCUAAACCUCGCCGCUCUAUGUCUAGUAGCAUGCUUUCUGCUUAUUUUUCUCCUUCAAAUCCAGCAACAUCAGACGACGUACCCUCUUCCACGUCUGUGACUGAGUCGCCCAAGAAGUUGCCCAGACGAGGUUCAGGCACUUCAGACUCAUUGUCAUCAGGAAUUUCCCUCAAAGACCAACCAACUACCCGCUCACGCACGAAUGCUCACUCUGCCGGCUUGACAAUAUCCCUGCCGUCACAUGGUUCGAAAUCCACCCUAUCUUCUUCCUCGAGUUCUCCAUCUCCCGUCACGCCGCGUCGAUCUUCUAAUCGUUUGCCAAUGGUUGUUACACAUGAAGCUCCAAUCACAUUUGGACAUAACCCACAUACACCUGCCGGAUACGCGUCGGAGCGUCGAGCAUCGGUACUCCAAGUCCUCCCAGAGGACCAGGAGGUUGAGAUUGACAAGGCUGUAUCUGUGGAUUACGCGCAGACGCGAAGGACAAAUAGGACCGCCAGGGUCCUUGGCCCCCCUGCUUCCGAAUUAUAUGAUGAUACUGAACUUUCUUCAGAUGAGUCCUAUGCUAGGUGCUCCUGGCGGUCGACCAACUCUGUUUCUUCCUCUCGUGCUGCAGCCUACCUUGCUGAGCUCGAUGUUGACUUCACGCUUCCACACCCUCACCCGGAACGUGCGCACCGCCCCCGUGCCUCGAUGUGUAGUGUGGCCUCAUACAGGACUGAUGCCUCUGCCGAUGCGAUCAUUUCUCGAUCUGCUUAUACUCAGUCUUCGCCUUCUACUGGGACUCGACCAUACCGUCAUUCUGCGCCUUUCCCAGAUGAAGAAGAGUGGGCGGAACGCGAACCAUGGGCUGAUGAAUCGGCUUACGCAGAGGAUGACCUCCUUGACGCUUAUUUCUACGACGCGAUACCACCCACAUCACCUAGCGAAGAUAGCCACUUCUCUUCACAGCAGCGUGACUCGUACCCAACAUCACCGUACCCUGCGCGACGUACAUCCGUAACCACAUCUAUAUCCAGCGGAUCGACGGGAUGUAGUGACGGUUCAGCCAUUGCCAUCAAAGCAUUGUAUGAGAACCACAUCAUCAUGCUUCGCGUUUCGCAGUCGCUGUCGUUCACUGAGGUUCGUCAACGACUUUACGACAAAUUUGUACGACAGGAAGGCGUGCCACUUUCAGAGAGCUUUGUCGUGGCCAUCCUCGUUCCACCUCCAGUCAAAGAGAAAUCUGGAGGCCGUCCUUACGCUGCUUCGUUCUCCUCUAUUGCAGACAAGGAUAAUGUUGUUCUGCACUUCGUAAAGUCCAACGAUGACUGGGACCAGGCGAUAUACAAGUAUGGAAACAAAGUCCUUCUGCGUGUUAUCGGCAGCCGCGCCUAGGCUGCUCCACGUGUGUAAUGUAUUGCCACGCGGGCUUUAAUGUUGUUAUAUUGGCAUUUUCGAUCUUCGCAUUUUUGUAG